AAGAAAUUAAAAAACAACCACACUUUCAAUCGAGGAUUUUGGAAAUCAGAGAUCACAGAAAUUGUGCUAUUAAUAAGGAGGAGGGAAGGAAAGGGGGAAAAAAAAAAGGAGAGGCAAGAAAUCCAGCGACCAUGGGCCAGCCUGGCUUCCUAGCGUGUACUUUCUGUUCUCUCUCCUUUUUCCCAAGGUAAUUGCAGUCUGCCGAGAGGGAGUUAAAUGGGAUUAAAAGAUCUCUGUAAGCAAAAGGACCCAGAAGAGAAGGAGGAAGGAGUGAGCCGUCCGGGCCAGGGGGUGUCUUUGACACGGCUGAGCCCCUUAGAGAGGCAGAGAGCUGAGCUCCUGGGAAGGAUGUACCCACAAACCAGCCUGUUCCUCUUUUUCUGAUGGAUUGCCGCAAAAAUUGCCCGAAAGAGACAAUGCACUAAACGUGAUGGAGCCGGAAUCAGAGCCGGUCUCCAGACUCAGAGCUACAGCGGCAGGCAGGGGGGGAUUCUGCUUUCUCUGGACUGUAUUAUGUUGUACCUGGUUCCUGGGAUUCACACAGGGAAAUUCUGAAGACGUGGACGUUCUUCAAAGACUCAGCCUGUCAGGGAAAAGGCCAUCGAGUGGAUGGUCCUCAUCACGUGCAGUUCCUCAAGGAGUCAUUCCUUUCAAGUCAGGGGUCAUCGUCACUCAGCGAGCACGGAUCGAAGCACCGCUCAGCGCCAUCCUCCCCGCGGGCUCCCGCACCGACCUGCUCCUGGUGCUGAGCCUCUGCUCCCACCGCAUCAACAAUGCCUUUCUCUUUGCUGUCAAGAGCAAAAAGAAAAAACUGCAGCUGGGGGUCCAGUUUGUGCCUGGGAAGAUCAUCGUGUACGUGGGCCACAAGCGCUCUGUAUAUUUUGAUUACAAUGUCCACGAUGGCCAGUGGCACAAUAUGGCCAUCGAUAUCCGUGGCCAGACAGUCACUUUAUUUACUUCUUGUGGGAAGCGCAGAGUACAUGCGGAUUUGCAUCUUAAAAAGGACGAGGCACUGGAUCCACAGGGGUCUUUCCUCUUUGGGAAGAUAAACCAGCACUCUGUGCAGUUUGAAGGAGCCAUCUGCCAGUUUGAUAUUUAUCCUUCUGCCAAGGCAGCUCAUCAUUACUGUAAAUACCUGAAAAAGCAGUGCAGGCAAGCAGAUACCUACCGGCCUAAACUGCCUCCCCUCCUUCCCCUCCUGCCCAGGGAUCCCAGUGCCUCCCCGAGUACCCCACAUCAUACGGAGCUCUCGCUGAAGGGCCUGAAAAACCUGACCACUGCUGCUCCAUCCUUGGAGCUUGGCAGGGUCACUGCACCCCUCAAGACUCGGGGUUCAGGCACAACAGCCAUCACAUUGGUACCAUCCCCAACAUCACUGCCAAGACUGACGACUAAAGCCACAAAGGUCACAGUGGCCCCACCUCCCGUUCCAUCCAGUACUAAAACACAGCCACCCACCCGUUCGCUCCCUCAGGCAACAGUGACAACCCCCAGGGUGUCUCGCCCCACUCCCAGCACACACAUGGAGAAAAGUCCCCUUCCUACUGCCGUAAAGGCCUCACCAACAAGCCACAUCCCCACCACGGCCAGCAGGAAGGAAUCCAAGCAAGACACCAAAAAGAACAACCAAAAACCCACUGUUGAGCCCUCUGAAGCACCCAGUACUGUAAAGCCAACGAGGAGGAUGACUGAUAACACAACCAGCAAUGUCCACGUUGUCACCCUGAAGCAAACCCCACAGAACCCAAGCAAGGGGCCUGUUCCAAAGAAGCAUGUGCCGUCCCCCACCAGGAAAGCGGAUCCUAGCAACGUCCUUCUGGUGUACACUAAACCGCCCCUGGGAUCUGCCCGUCCCGCCUCAAGGGCCAGGGCACCAGCCUUCAACCUCACUACCCCAGCUGCCACUGAUGGCUAUCAGAUCUUUGACCCACUUGGACCCACUCCAUUUCCAUUUUUACUGGGAUAUCCAGGAGUGAAAGGAGAGAGAGGACCUCAGGGUCCACCAGGUCUACCAGGCUUACCAGGACCACCUGGCAAGAGAGGUUCUCGAGGUCCUCCAGGUCCCCAUGGAAAUCCUGGCUCACCCGGCCCCCCAGGUCUGAAAGGUCAGAAAGGUGAUCCUGGGCUGUCUCCUGGCAAAGCUCGCAGUGGACAGAAGGGAGAUGUGGGCUUACCUGGUUUGACUGGGUUCCCUGGACCACCUGGUAGGAAGGGAUAUAAAGGCUACCCUGGACCACCAGGUCAUCCUGGAGACCAGGGCCAACGAGGACCAGAUGGAAGCCCAGGUGCCAAAGGUUAUCCUGGCAGGCAGGGUUUACCUGGCCCCAUAGGGGAAGCUGGUCCAAAAGGCAGUCGGGGGUAUAUUGGUCUCCCAGGAUUGUUUGGUCUCCCAGGGGCUGAUGGAGAACGAGGGAUCCCUGGAGUUCCUGGGAAGAGGGGCAAGAUGGGUAGGCCGGGUUUUCCUGGUGAUUUUGGGGAACGAGGACCUCCAGGCAUCGAUGGGAACCCAGGAGAAUUGGGAGCCCCAGGUCCUCCUGGAGUCCUUGGACUCAUUGGUGACAUGGGCCCUGUUGGACCAAUGGGCUAUCGAGGACCAAAAGGCUUAAAGGGACUGAUAGGAAACCCUGGAGAACAUGGACUGAAAGGUGAUAAGGGUGAUCAGGGAGGAGCAGGUGUUCCAGGAGAUAUCGGCUUCCAAGGAGACAAGGGCAGCCAGGGUCUGCCUGGGGUCCCUGGGCCACGAGGGAAACCAGGCCCCUUGGGAAAAGUCGGCGAUAAAGGUCCAGUCGGGUUUCCAGGACCACCUGGCCCUGAGGGAUUCCCAGGUGACAUUGGCCCACCAGGAGAAAAUGGUCCUGAAGGCCUGAAGGGAAAACCAGGAGCACGAGGUUUACCUGGGCCGAGAGGACUGCCUGGGCAAGAGGGAGAUGAAGGACCCUUAGGACCACCAGGAGUCCCUGGCCCAGAGGGUCGAUCUGGCCGGAAGGGAUUUCCAGGAAGACCUGGUCCAGACGGUCCAAAGGGUGAGCCAGGAAACAGUGGCCGACCAGGGAAAGUUGGUGAGCAGGGUCUCAUGGGGUUCAUUGGACCUUUAGGGGAGCUUGGGAUAGUGGGAGAAAAGGGUGACCGUGGCUCAGUGGGACCCCCAGGCCCUCCAGGAGUCAAGGGGUCGAUGGGGCACCCUGGGACACCAGGAGCAGUGGGUUUUCCUGGGAUCCCCGGACCAACAGGUCCGACAGGAGUCCGUGGUGCACCAGGGAUCAGAGGGGUGAAAGGUCGCAGGGGUGCCAGAGGGCCUGAUGGACCAGUAGGUGAGCCAGGGCCACGAGGUGUCAAGGGUCGGCCAGGGGAGCCAGGCAAGCAGGGGCCAAAUGGGCUGCAGGGGAAGAUGGGCGAGACUGGGGAGACAGGAGCACGUGGCUUCCCAGGUAUCCAAGGACCUUCUGGACCUCCAGGAGCAAAAGGGCCUCCAGGCGACCCGGGUCCACAAGGACCACAGGGCCCACCUGGGCCUUUGGGAGAAAUUGGGCAUAAGGGACCGCCUGGCUCAAUAGGACAACCUGGCCUUGCAGGUGAACCUGGCAUGAAGGGUGACCCUGGCCAGUUGGGAGUCCCUGGAGAGCAAGGCCUCAUUGGCCAAAGAGGAGAAUCAGGGCUGGAAGGGGACAAUGGACCACCUGGGCCAGAUGGUGUCAAGGGAGACAAAGGAGAGCAAGGCCUGGAAGGAGAGAAAGGAGAAAAAGGCAACGAAGGACUGAAGGGAAAAGAAGGGCCCCCAGGAUAUCCUGGCAUCACAGGUGUCCGAGGACCUGAAGGGAAACCAGGAAAACAGGGGGAAAAGGGCAAGCCUGGCCAGAAGGGCAGCAAGGGCUACCAGGGGCAGCUCGGCGAGACAGGCUCUCCAGGGAAGGCAGGGCCCAAGGGGAACCAAGGCCCUAAAGGAUCCCGAGGUACCCUGGGACCUAUGGGUGCUCCAGGAAGGAUGGGUGCUCAAGGGGAUCCUGGCUUAAAGGGUUACCAGGGACAUGCAGGACCACCAGGGCCAAUUGGACCACCAGGACCAAAGGGGGAAAAGGGAGAACAAGGUGAUGAUGGGAAGGUAGAAGGCCCACAGGGACCACCUGGAGACAGAGGCCCUGUUGGUGACAGAGGUGAUCGAGGGGAGUCUGGAGACCCUGGUUAUCCUGGUCAAGAAGGGCUUGAUGGAGAAAGAGGAAAACCUGGACAGCAAGGCUUACCUGGGGAUCCUGGACCACCAGGCCAGCCAGGAGCAAAGGGAUCCAAAGGUGAUGUGGGUCAGAAAGGAAAGCAAGGAGCUCGGGGCCACAUGGGGAGCAGAGGCUCACCGGGCAUCCUUGGGCUCCCAGGUCCUCGAGGAGUGGUAGGAAGACAGGGUCAAGAGGGUGCCCCUGGAGUGGACGGAGUGCCCGGGAAGGAUGGCAUGCCUGGGAUGCUGGGAGAGCAGGGUGAUGAUGGAGAAGAAGGUGUGACAGGGAUGUCAGGCAAAAGGGGGAACCCUGGCAUAGCAGGACUCCCCGGAGCACAGGGACCACCAGGAUUCAAGGGUGAAAGAGGAUUGCCUGGACAGACUGGCCAAACAGGGAAGAGAGGAUCAUCAGGAGGAACAGGCCUUCCAGGGAGCCCUGGCGACCCAGGACCCAAAGGACAGCCGGGAGACUUUGGUGAGGCAGGAUUUCCAGGGACCAUGGGCAUGCUUGGGCCAAAGGGCCCCCCAGGAGACCUUGGUUUCAAAGGCAUUCAGGGACCACGUGGGCCCCCUGGUCUCAUGGGAAAAGAAGGAAUUAUUGGUCCACUUGGCAUUCAGGGUCCCACGGGAAGCCCAGGGCCCAAGGGAGACAAAGGCAGCCGUGGAGAAAUGGGUCUGCAAGGUCCAAGGGGUCCUCCAGGCCCACGAGGACACCCUGGCCCUCCGGGACCACCAGGAAUUCCAGCCUCCUUUCAACAAGAUGGCUUUGGGGCAGCUUUCCAGACUCUCAUUGACUCAAACAUCGCGCUCAAGACAGAGGGUUACCAACAUCCAGACCUUCUCAUGCUGGACCAUGGAGGGGAGAUCUUUAAGACUCUACACUACCUCAGCAACCUCAUUCAGAGCAUCAAAAGACCCCUGGGAACCAAGGAAAACCCUGCACGCAUCUGUCGAGACCUCAUGAACUGUGAACAGAAGAUGAACGAUGGUACCUACUGGAUUGACCCAAAUCUUGGCUGUUCCUCAGACACCAUAAAGGUCAUCUGUAACUUCACCAGUGGUGGGCAGACAUGUCUCAGCCCGAUCACCGUCUCCAAGCUGGAUUUUGACGUCGGCAGAGUCCAGAUGAACUUCCUGCGGCUCCUGAGCUCAGAGGUGGUGCAGCACAUCACCAUCCACUGCCUGAACACCUCUGUCUGGAGGGAGGGCUCAGCUGAGAAGCCCUCAGACAAAGCCCUGCGCUUCAAGGCCUGGAACGGGCAGAUGUUCGAGGCAGAUGGGCAGCUCAGGCCUGAAGUGGCAGCUGAUGAUUGCAAGAUCAAGGACGGACGCUGGCAUCGGACUCUCUUUUCAUUUCGGACGCAGGACCCUCAGCAGCUGCCAAUUGUCAACAUCUACAACCUCCCCCCAUCCGAGCCAGGAAAGCAAUAUCACCUCGAGGUCGGCCCCGUGUGCUUCCUUUGAACAAAGCCAUUGAAACCGGGCUCCAAGGCUUUGACCCCGAGUUUGGCCUAUGUCUUCUCACAGGCUCUCCCACCUCUCUGCAGCAAGGACAGCUGGGCUGUAUCUUCUGGGUCAACUCUUGCUCUAGCCUUUGGCUCCAGGUCUCAGAGAACUACUCUCAGUGAUCUACUGAACUCAGCAGACUGUUGAAAGGACUAACAAGGAGGUGGGGGAAGCAGGUAUCGGGACGUGAGGAACGCAAAGGGAUCAGGGGACUGACGUUGCAGCGGUUCCACACACAAAGCUUCGCCAUGACCAAAGAAAACAUUGAGAGAAACCUCAAGCA